AGAUUUCCAUCAAACCCAGAGAGGCGAAAACUGUGGCUGAGCCUCCUUAACCGAGAACAUUUCACCCCAAGCCUGCACACAUUUUUAUGUUCCAAACAUUUUGAUGAGACGUGUUUUGACAGAACAGGCCAAACUGUGCGUUUGAGAGUCAAUGCUGCACCCACUAUUUUUAUCUAUCCCAACCAUAUGCUAGAAAAAGUAAGUAUCUUGUAUAAAAAAAAUCUUAAUUACAAUUGCAUACCGAACCCUGGUAUACAUGAACUCACAGCCAGAAACAAACAGCAACUCACUAUGAUCAUGCCUACUGUCUUCCAAGCCCUGCUGAAAUCAAGAAAAAAAAUCUGGGAACUUGAAAAGAAACUGGAACUUGCCCAUAAGAAAAUAAAAAUAUAUCAGCAGAGGGAACGCAGAGUAAAAGGAAAAUGCUUGCUAGAGGAGAUUAAUCCAGAUUUAAACAAGGGGUCAAGAAACUCAAAUCAGGAGGUGGUAUGUGAACUGCAGAAAGAGACCAGAACAAAUCUUAGGACAAUGGUAUAA